GAAGCCACACUGAACACCAGGGGCCCUCUGCUGUUCUGGCACUCAUCUGAGAGUCCCCAGGGGAUAAAGCAGCAAAGAACGACAACAGGAUUACAACAGCCAAAGUUUGUGUAAUCUUCACGAACACACAGCAGAAACAGAGCAGUAGUUUGUGCUGAGAAUGUCUCUGCAGUGUUUGGUGGCUCUGGCCAUGAUCCUGGACUUCCUGGGCACUUGGCAUGGUCUGACAGCGCCUCUAGGCGAGACAGAUGAUGAACUGUUUGAUCUGGAAAACUAUGACCUAACCAGCGAGACGGAGUGGGAGAACCUGGACAUCAACGUUUAUGGAGACAGCUAUGAUUACGAUGACUUUGACAAAAAGAUUGAGAUGGGUAACUUAACACCAGACAUCCCAUCACCAGCCAACCAGCGUACCACUCAACACCACAAGAAGGAGGGAACCCUACCUCCAUCCCCUGUCACUCUGAACUCUAAGGCAGCAGGACUCUUUGGCCCUGAGACUGGUCUGGGUAUGCCCACUUGCCUAAUGUGUGUGUGUAUUGCUGGGAGUGUGUACUGUGAUGACAUGGGCCUAGAUCAGAUCCCACCCCUGCCCAAAGACACCACCCAUUUCUAUGGUCGCUUCAACAAGAUCCGACACGUCAAAAACACAGACUUCAUCAACCUGAAUAAGCUUCGAUCCAUUGAUUUAACAGGGAAUCAGAUCUCUGGAAUGGAUGAGGAUGUGUUUCAGUCCCUGCCACAGCUCCAGGAGUUACUGCUAGCUAACAACAACCUGCAGCUCGUACCGGAGCUGCCGAUCACCAUGAAAUACAUCGAUCUACGGAACAACAGGCUGGUCAGCCGGGGGAUGCAUUCUGAGGGAUUCAAGGAUAUGAGUCAACUGGAGUUCCUCUACCUGUCUAACAACCACCUGGAUUACAUCCCUACACUGCUUCCACUCAGCCUCAGAGUGCUACAUCUGCAGAAUAACAACAUCCAGUCUCUACAUGAGGACACCUUCUGUAACCUCCAUGAUCUCAGCUUCAUCCGCCAUAACCUGGAGGACAUUCGUCUAGAUGGCAACCCCCUGAACAUCAACCUGUUUGCUCAGGCCUAUGUCUGCCUGCCACGUCUACCUGUAGGGAGUCACUGAAAGCUGCUAGACACCAUAGUCCAGGCUCCAGAAAAUCUGAAUAAUGCAAGAAUAAAAAGUGCUUUACUGUA